CCCGCACAGCGCGUCCAUCCCGCGGUCCGCUUGGUGCGCGUUGCGGCUUUAAACCGGUCCGUCAUGCCUUGCGGUGUCCCAGCUCAGCUCCGACGCAGUUGAACAAACCCGCCCUGCGGUUCUACCCCUCGCGAGUGGGGCAAAGGGCGGCGGAUGUGUGGGGAGCCCCUCGAGUCGGAUACCCGACAACCGGCCGGACGUUGUGUUUACAUCCACGCACCGCGAGGCAGGCGGGGACGUGCGCGCGCGCCGUGGACUCCCAACGCGGGCGCGGACGAGCGCGGAAUAAACGGGAUCUCCACCGCAGAUCAAGCGUUUGAAAGUAGCGGAUUUCUUUUCUUUUUUAUUUCUUUCUUUCUUUUUUUUUAUGACAGAGAGAGAAACCCACUGAGGCUGCAGCACAACGGGGGGGGGGAGUUGAAAUGCUCGUGCACGCAGGGAUCCAAUGCUGAAUGCAGGAUGGACAGUUAAACAUUAGCACCCCCUUGUGGUGUGGAGGAAUGAGGGCCUCUGGAUGAAGGUCAUGGAGCUGAAAGUUUGGGUGGACGGAGUGCAGCGCAUCGUGUGCGGCGUCACCGAAUUCACCACAUGCCAGGAAGUGGUCAUUGCUUUGGCACAAGCCAUUGGACGCACUGGCAGAUACACUUUGAUCGAGAAAUGGCGUGAGACAGAACGUCACCUGGCACCGCAGGAGAACCCCGUGGUGUCCCUCAACAAGUGGGGUCAAUAUGCCUGCGACGUCCAGCUCAUCCUCCAGCGGACCGGCCCGUCGGUCAGCGAGAGGCCCGCCUCCGACGGGCUGGCUCGCGUCCCGGAGCGGUGCUUCCACCGCCAGAGCCUGCCGCCUCUGGCCAAGCUCCGCCCGCCGGGGACGGACCGCUCGCUCAGGCGGAGGGAACCCAAGCGCAAGUCUCUGACCUUCACCGCCGGGGCCAAGGGUCUGCGGGACAUAUUUGGGAAGAGCAGAGACGCCGAAGCCAAACAGCCCCAGCAGCGCGGCGUGAGUCUGAGCCUGAGCAGGGUUGGGGGUGUCGGAGUCGGAUCCGUCCCCGGGAGUCCGGCCCGAGAGCUGAGCCGCUUGGUGCAGCUGCAGCGGGACAAACUGCAGGCCCUGGAGAGCCGUCUGCUGGGCUGCGAGGGCGAGCUGCAAGACUGGGAGGAGGCCGCCGCCGAUGAAGGAGGAAGCGCGGAGGAGGAGCUGCUGCAUUUGGAGCAGCAGGUGAGGAGGAACGCUGCUGAGAUGGAGGAGGAGGAGUUCUGGCAGAACGAGCUGCACAUUGAGUGCGAGAGCGAGCGGCUCCUCCGGCUGCAGCUAGCGGAGCUGCAGGGGCGCGUGCGCGACUGCGAAGUCAAGCUCUCGGAGUACCUGGCACACAUACAGCGCAUGGAGGGAGGCCUGGAGCAGGAGCAGCUGCAGCAGGAGGCCGAGCUCAACCAGAGGGUCAACGAGGAGGAGGUGCAAGCCCAGCUGGAGAAGGUGAGGGCAGAGCUUGAAACGCAGAGCCAACACACGGCCCGUCUGGAGAGCAGCUGCAGGGCGUUGGAACGCUCACUUGGCCAAUCGAGCAGCAGAUUACAGGAGAAGGAGCAGGAGCUGGAACAACUGACUAAAGAGCUGCGACAGGUCAACCUGCAGCAGUUCAUUCAGCAGACCGGCACCAAGGUCACCGUGCUGCCGGCUCAGCCUGCAGGAGAAAACAACAAUGAAGUGGACUCCGGUUCUCUGAAAAGACACGGCUCUUCUCGGCUUUUACCCAGCAACCUUCGCACCCUUCAAAGCGCAGGGAAGUCCAGCCUCAACCCCGAAGGCAUCUACGUUUGAGGCCCGAACUGCGCGGGAGACAUUAUCUGAGCAGCAGGGUCGGCCUGAAGGUAUCUGGGGGGGGCGUUCCUUCUGACCGGAAGGCUCCCCAAACUGCUGAAAUGCUGCCGAGCAAGGCACUGAAUCAAAGGAUGGAGGAUGAGUGAGGUAUCAGACAACAACAAAAAAAAACAGUUCUCUCAUCUGUUUCGCUUCUUUCUUGCUCUGCUUCGUCUUCCAUUUUCCAAGGACUGAGAAUCCAACUGAUGUCAAAAUCCAUUCGCAAACUAACAAUCAAACCCCCUGUACUUCAGUAGCUGAGUGAAGAAUCCUCUUAAAGCUCUGAGCCAGGAAGUUAUUGAGGAGGCUUCAGCAAAAUAGAUACACUUUUUUGUGUGUGUGUGUGUGUGUGUUAUUGUGUGUAAAUUAUAAAUAGGAGGAUGCAAAGUUUGGACAUGUACAAAUGCGACCCAUGCACGAGCAUGCAUAAACGCCACACCUGAGCUACAACCUUAGCCAUAUCUGAUUGCCUUACUCUGGGGUUUUAAAACCAGACGUCAAUAAUGUUAAAAGGUAGCUUCUAAACUAUGCGCCAUAUAAAUUUGAUAAAAUACCAAUUCAGGUGGUACCUAAUCAUGGUAACUGAUGUCAGUGUAACUCAACGGUAGCUUUUUCUUUCACGCGUCAUUUAUAUUUUCUUUCGUAUUGGUUUUAAACAGGAAUGCAUUUGCUUCUUGUGUUUGACCAAAACGGAAAAUUGUUUUCCCAUCAUAUAAAAUAAAUGAUAGAGACGAUAAUAGAGGAACAUCUUUAACUAUUCAACAUUUCUGGAGAAACUGUUAGGCUUUGGGUUCAGUUUUAUGCCUCAUUUAGUGCAGAGCUAUUAUUCUCCUUUUGUUUCACGUGAGCACUUUCUCCAAAAGCUCAGAAAUAUGAAAGAAGUGAUGCGCAUAAGUGAUGAUGGAGGCCUUUUGAGCCAUAAGAGUAUAUCCACCUUGGGAAGAUUUUAUUGAUGACUCUAUACCCAGUUUGACCACCAGGUGGCGACAAAACAUACAUUAUUCACAGGUGUGAAAGUUAACUGUGGAAGCUGCCUGAGGUCUGUUCUCUGUCUCUAUUCGUUGUCAUAGGUCAAACGUGACUGCGUGUUGUUUUUUUGUUUCAACGCUUCCGCACAUUAGCCUAAUAGUUUAUUUUCUGAAGUGCCACUUGGAUUGUUGGACACAUUUCCCUGGAUACAUGAAACACGAACACACACUUCUCUAAACAGUAUUCCACCCACAUACUGCAAUCUUUUGUUCCAUCAGAUUUUUAUAAUGAACUAAAGAUGUCUCUUGUGAACCAAAGCCAGUGUGAAAAACUAAUAGUUAGAUGAAUGUACUUUUUUUACGUGAAUGCAACUUAUAGCCGUGAAAUGUACUGACGCGUCAGAUAGUGAUCAUGCUUUAAGGAGUCAUGGUUUGCUGUGACUGCCGGUUGAGCUCUUUGUCUUGUUGCCACUCGAUAGGAAAGAAGUUUUGCUAAGACAUAAAAAUGGGAAAUACAGAAAAGUCUGGUGGACACUGCAUUUGGCCAUUUCUGAUUAAAUGUUAUUCUCAACGCAGAAUAAAAGGCCAUUUCUCCGAAUAUUUUGGGAUGAAAGUCACACAAACUGUGCAGGAAUGUUUGGGUUGAAAAAAGGCUCCAAAAGCUUUUGAACUUGAAACCAUUUCAAUGUAUGUGGUUGUCUGUCAAACCUGUGAAUUCUCCGAUGUGAGACUGUCAAAAUCUUUUGAGAAAAUAUAUCAAUAGAACAUGAAACAAUUUCAAUAGAACAUGAAACGUAUGCUUUGCUUUGUAAGAAUAGGGUUAAAAUGCAUACAUUUAACUUACAUACGGGUGCAACUUUGGGGUCUGAAACAGUGUGGGAAUUUAGAGCACCGGGUUUCACACGCAUCUUUCUCAAUUUGAGUCUUUGCUCAAAUAUUCAAAAGUGGUUCUCCUGUUCCAGAGUUUGUGCAGUCGUAUCUUUCUACAUUGUGCACAAGUUAACUUCCUUAUGAACAACGCCUCAUCAACCCAUACGUUAUGAUGUUUUACUGUAGGUUAAUCUACCCAACACUAUAUGAAUAUUUUCAAAUUGGCUCCACCAUAAGCAGCUGCAACAUUAAAGUGAUGUUUGUUCAUUCGUAUGAUAUAAGGAGCACUUUUGGUAUACAGUCAAAGUGAUUCUGCUUUUUAAAGUCAAUUACUUCCUCAACCACUCAGUCAAAUCUUUUUUGAUUGAACUGUAAUUUUCUCGAGUUUUUCACCGGUCUACAAAGCGUGAUACACAACCACAAGCUUUGAAAUCGUUUCACCAGCUUGAUAUCUUAUUGACCCUGACUUGAGCCCACAGGAAGCAGCUUGUAUUUGUGCUGUGAGGAUAACAAAGUGAAUUCUUCCCUCCGGUGGGACGAAUCUUCGUUGUUUGCUCUACUGUUCAACGCUAACCGGAGGAAUUCACAUCACGACUUGAAAAACUAUUGUCGGAAAUUUACAAAAGUUCUUCUCUCGCCUCCCUCUCCCUCAGUAUGCAGCAUCAUCGUCAUGACAACAAGCUCAGCUGUGACACAGAAACUGUAACCCGCUAAUAAAGGGAGUCGUAUUUGACUGGAAGCUUUUGGAUAAUGGCAUGCCUUACCGGGUGGGAAGAACAUGUAAAUAAUGUCUACAUAUCACAGCAGUCUACGGACUUAAAAAAAAAAUAAAAAAUGCAGAUAGAAGUCAGAAAUAUGCAGAAUGCUCUAGAGGUUAGAUCUUAAUGCUGUCGCUCAAUAGGCAGCUGUGCAUGCAUGCAAUAAUGUGUGAUCGGUCUAUUCAGGCUCCUAAUUACUGGCUUUCAGGGAACCAACAAUUUAUGAGAGAAUUUUAUUUUUUGGUUUUGUUGUGUCCUGUUUUGUCUUGCUGGCAUUAACACAGAUUGAGAUUUCAACUCACAGCCGCUAGCAGAAAAAUAGUAAAACCUGCACAUUACAGUCUUUCAGUUUGAUCUAAUCCUGGCAAAGACGACGUCUUUGGAUGCGACGGAUAACCCCGUUGCAUUGAAACGUGACGUUUUACAGAGACCGCUAAUGGGUGCUUUCUAUUGUGCCGUCACUGGUGCUUCUCAAUAAUGGAGCAAAAACAAAUGAUGUGAUGGAGCCAUCGUGGAAACGGCCAUCAAGUGGCUGGGAAAGCUGAAGUAGAAACGCUGCGGCUCAGGGAUAUCUCAAGGCACAGAAUCACCCAGACAAGAAUGGGCAGAAAGUAAUCAUGGAUGAAUGCUGUUUACGUCUCGAGCCAUUUGACAAGUUCAAUUGUGUUUUCGCCCUCGUGGGGACUUGAGCAUCUGUUUGACAAAUGUAGCAUAGGCUCCUAGAUCCCACAUGACAGACGCAAAAGAGAUAAUGAUUUCCUUCUGAGAGAUGUGCAACACUAUUUUUGCAAAGUAAAAGUGUAUCGGCCCGGCUCAUGAUUCAUGCUUAAACUGGAGAAAAACUGGGGUUAUCAUUAUCAGGAAUAACUUAGAUGAACUGUGGUGGACUAACUGCAUAGCAUUGACUCAUUGUGUAGACGAAUUAUUGUAUACAGAAAAGGUUCUGAUUUGUUCAUCCAGUAGAUGUUUUUUAACUUUGAGGAUUUUAACAUGUUUUAUUCUUUCGGUCGUCAUUAAGCCACACAUUUAAAAAAGUUCAAGAGUCAUCUAAAAUAUACAAAUAAAUGAAUGCAAUAUAUUUAAAAAACAUGCCAGGAAAUGAAUAAACUGAUAUACAAAGCUGAA